AUGCAACCCCUGUGCCAUCAUGAUGAAAGCUCUGCCUUGUUGCAAUUCAAGGAAAGCUUUAUCAUCAACAAAUCUGCAUCUUUUUUUGACCUUCCGACUUGUGAUCAAAAGGUUGCGUCUUGGACAGUAGAAGGUGACAAAAGUGAUUGCUGCUCAUGGGCUGGGAUAGAGUGCGAUGAAGACACUGGUCAUGUAAUUGGCCUCCACCUCAGUAGCAGCUGUCUAUUUGGUUCUAUUCACUCCACCAGUAGCCUUUUUCACCUUGUUCACCUCCAAAGCCUUAACCUUUCCAACAAUGACUUUAACGGCUCUCAUAUCCCAUCCCAGGUACGUGAUCUUUCAAGACUAAUAGAUCUCGAUCUCCAUUCAUCUCAUUUUGUUGGUCAAAUCCCGUUAGAAAUUUCACAAUUGUCGCACCUGUCAUCCCUCGAUUUGUCUUAUAAUGAUCCAUUGGAACUCAAAAAGACCAGCCUAAGAAGCCUAGUUCGAAAUUUGACCCGCCUACAAACGCUUGAUUUGAGUAGGGUGAACAUUAGCUCUACGGUGCCUAAUAUUUUGACAAAUUUGUCUUCUUUAAAGUCCCUCUCUCUUGUUGAUUGUGGUUUGCAUGGGGAAUUUCCAGUAGGCAUCUUCAAGCUAUCAAAUUUACGGUUUCUUUCUGUACGUGAAAAUAAUGGCCUCACCGGUUAUUUGCCUAGCUUUACAUGGAGUAGUCCGCUUGAGACAUUGGAUCUCUCAUUCACGAGUUUCUCAGGUGAGCUACCCGCUUCCAUGGGAAACCUUGGCUUCCUGACUAAGAUGAUUAUGCCGGGUUGCAAUUUCUCGGGGUACAUUCCAUCUUCACUUGGUAACCUCACUAAACUCAUUUAUCUUGACCUUUCAGAUAACGCUUUCGUGGGUAAAGUCCCACCUUCUAUUGGAAACCUUCUUCAACUCUCUUUUCUAGACAUUUCCAAAAAUCAAUUGACUGGUUCUGUCCCUUUUGAACUUCUAAACUUGCCACAACUGUCGGCCAUUUAUUUGUCCAAUAAUCUUUUGAGUGUUGAAAUGCAUUUUGAGCUUUUGAACGAGACACAGUUGAUCGCCCUUGACCUGAGCAGCAAUCGGUUAACUGGUUCAAUUACUUUUGUGCCUACAAACCUCACACAAUUAUGUUUCUUGGACCUUUCAGCCAACGAGUUUCACGGUCAAGUUUCAAACUCACUCUUCAACCUCAAGAAUCUUGUAGUUCUUGAUCUUUCUGAGAACUACCUUAACGGCAUUGUGGAGUUUGAUGAGUUUGUUAAGCUCAAUUAUUUAACUGUAUUGGAUAUUUCUGGUAAUGAAUUGUUGUUAGUUACUACAGAAACUGAUGCCAAUGCAACUCGUCAAAAUUUUGUUGCUUUAGGAUUUUCUUCAUGCAACUUGAGCGAGUUUCCGAAUUUCCUAAGAAACCAAGAUCAAUUGGUGUAUUUAAACAUGUCCAACAACAAGAUUCAUGGACAAGUCCCAGAAUGGAUGUGGAACACAAGCUUUAUAAGUCUAGGAUUUCUUGAUCUUUCUAACAACUUUCUCAAAGGCUUUGGUCAACAUCCAUUUUUUCUUCCAAAUGCCACUCUAGAUUUUCUUGAUCUCAGUUUCAAUUUGCUCCAAGGAUCGCUUCCUAUUCCAUCAGCGGGCACUCAUUUUUUUUAUAUUUCAAACAACUCAUUGACUGGAGUUGUACCAGAAUUGUUUUGCAAUCUCAGUUCUCUUGUAGUCCUUGAUUUGGCUAAUAACAACUUAAGUGGCUCACUUCCUCGAUGCUUGGACAGCUUUGGUGCUGAUCUUUCAGUACUUGAUCUGCGGUCUAACAAAUUUCAAGGAAGCAUUCCAGAAAGUUGGAUAAAUGGAGCCAGCUUGGUGAUGAUAAAUUUCAGUCAAAACAAAUUCCAAGGGCAUUUACCGAGAUCGCUAGCCAACUGCACGAUGCUAAAGGUCCUUGAUCUUCGAGAUAACCAAUUCAUUGAUAUAUUUCCAUUUUGGUUGGGACAUCUUCCAAAUUUAGAGGUCCUCAUUUUACGGUCAAACAAAUUCAAAGGUCCAGUCGGGACACCUCAAACUUAUUUGAAGUUCUCCAACAUGCGAAUCCUUGACAUCUCCAAUAAUGAUUUUAUAGGAAAGCUGCCAUUAAGACUUUUUGAAAAUUGGAAGGCCAGAAAAUUUGAGAAUGUGCAUCCCUUCACAUAUAUUCAUGAAGAUGGAGGCUUCAUACUAGGAGAAGGUUUUCGUCGGGGUUUGGAUAUUCCUCAUGGUUAUACUUACUCUAUGAUGAUGACAAACAAAGGCAAGAAUCUUUUCUACGAGAAGGUCCCAGAAAUAUUCACAGCUAUUGAUUUCUCAAGCAACAAAUUUGUCGGUGAGAUCCCAGAAUAUAUUGAAACUUUAAAGGGAGUUCAGUUGCUCAAUCUUUCUAAUAACAAUCUCACCGGUCACAUCCCCUUGUCUUUAGGAAAACUUACAGAGUUGGAAGCAUUGGAUCUUUCUCAUAAUAAAUUGUCAGGAGAGAUUCUACAGCAGCUAACACAACUUACUUUCUUAGCAUUUUUCAAUGUUUCUCAUAAUAAUCUCACAGGACUUAUACCACAAGGGAAACAAUUUGAGACAUUUGAAAACAAUUCAUUUGAGGGGAAUCCAGGAUUGUGUGGGAGACCAUUGACAAGGAAAUGUGUGAAUUCUUCUCAACCUCCAAUCUUGGACGAAAGUCAAGACUCUGGAUCACCAUUUGAAUUUGGUUGGAAAAUAGUUGUGAUUGGAUAUGGAUUUGGAUUUGUUUUUGGAGUAAUAAUUGGGCCCAUUGUGAUUGCGAGGAAGCAAGAUUGGUUAAUGAAGACCUUCCGAAUAAGGCCACCGAGUAGGAGGAGACGCCGAAAUUAA